GACGGGAGAGCUUCAGCUAGGGUGACCCCCACUCCGUACUUGUACCUGCCAGUCAAAGAAACCUCGACUCCCAGUGAUACACGAUUCCUCGAUACACAUUGAAACUUUCGAACUCCAAAACUCUCUACUGCUAUUCUGCAGCAGGCAGACGAGUUCGAUGUAGUACGCCAGCAACCAGCACAUUGCGUGUCAAGCUCACCUUCGACUCUUCCCAACUCCAACUACUCACACGCCGCCAUCGACACAUCGCAAAGACAGUCACAGUACAGCCACUGGGAGAAGAUCAGAAUGUGUUGCUACAGCCAAUACCGAUUCUCCUGCGAGGAUCUUCAAACCGGACCACUCUUUCGCCACUGCGACGAGUACGACUGCAACAACGGAGCAGGAUGUCCGGGUACCACCAACGAAGACACGCCGUGCAAAGACACCGCAACCUGCGAACGUGCAAUUCUCACCAACAUGCUCCCCAGAUCUGAUCAAUGUCGAACCUGUCGGAAAGUCCUAAUCAAAGAUGAGAUUCGCAUCCGCGAGGACAUCAACCUUCGUUACUAUUGCAUUGAUGUGGCCGAAGACAGCCUUCUGCGACACCGAAGACGAAUGAUUCGCAGGCUAAGAGCUUCGAGCGUGCAUCAGUAUGAAUAUAUCAGCUACCAGGAGGCGAAUAUCAAGAGGUUAGAGGAGGCCAUUUUGUUUCUGGCUUCGGGAUCGGCUCAGAAGGAUGUCUAUACAGCCAAUUUCUUGAAGAAUUGUGCUCAGAGACAAGUUGAUCGGGAGAUUGGUCUUCUGGAUGCGCAGUGGGAUCUUCUGUCGAGGAAACGGACGGAAUAUUGGAAUGAUAUGACCACGAUCCUGGACUCGUGAGGUUUGGGGGGAAGGGAUGUCCAAUACCCGUCUCUGGCAGAACAACGGUUGAACUCGAUUUCAAACACCUGAAUCGCCUCAAUGACGUCAUUGCAUCAAAACACUGGCCUUUUUGGAUCUUCCUCAAGUACUCAACAAGUACUUUUAGAACAAUUUUAUACACCAGAUUCCCCUUUCUGGCCCGGCACAAAAGACGCGGCGGUCAACGUUGGGCUAGGUGUUGUGGUGUGGUGUGGCUGAGAGCCACGAAUCAUUGGUGGGGCCAGGGGCGAACUCGUCAGGUUUUUCUUGCCCAACCACUCUUCGUGGGCAACCACGUCACCAGAUCACAUUCGCAUCUCCCCAUUGCUACAGCUUACCUGCAUCCAAUCGUGUCUUCUGAAACUUUAUUUCUCAGCCACCCUCCUUCUCCUGUUUGACUGGCUGAUGCUGGGGGUUUUCAGCCAGGACGACUUGCAAUGACGCAUUCACGGCAUUCUAUAUAUUGCCUUGUCUUGGGAGACCUAUAAUCCUUUCUUUGUUCUUCCAGUUCAUCUGCGCCUAUUUUAAAACAAGUCAGCCACAAAGACCGUUGGACUACCAACAUUCCUCAACUGCCACCGGGCCAACUGCCAUAAGUUUGAUAAACCAGCAUCCAGUCAACUUUCGCGAAACAUUAUAAAUACUUGUACACGAGAAAAUUAUCACUUAAUCACCAUGGUCAAUACGCAAGCUUUCACCCUGCCUUUGCGCAUCUUGCAGGCCGUUUUUGGUGUCAUUGAACUUGGCCUCACUGCUUAUAGUAUGCUUAUUGCCCAAAACUAUGCGUGCCAUCUAACAAACUUUAGUUGUAAGCCGCUAUUAUGGAAAUUGGUCACCAUCACAGGUCGAUUUCCUGCUCUUUUGCAGUAUUUGGACCCUCUUGAUACUCAUUUAUCUCGUCCUCGCACCCAUACGAUUCGCGCGAUUCGCUCACAAAUAUGCUAUUCUCGGCGCUGAAUUUGUUACCAUGAUAUUCUGGUUUGCAGGGUUUAUCGCGUUUGCAGUCUUGUUGAAUGAUUGGGGAUGUGACAGUCGAUGGUCAUAUUGCAAAUCGAGUCAAGCAGCUGCAGUAUUUGGUGCAUUCGAGUGGUAUGUUAUGGUAUCGUUUAAGCUCGUGGGUAAUGCUUACAAGUUGCAGGUUGCUAUUCCUUGUGUCGACUGUUUUUUCUGCUAUGCAUUGCUGGUCUACCCGCGGUUCAUACUCGAAAAAUAAUCCUAAUGUCGAGAUGCAAGUUUGAUUUUCGAUUCUUCACGGCGAUAUGAUAUGAAACGAGAUACCCGGUGUUUGGCGCAAAGUGACGGAAAAUAUGCCAUGGAAAGGACAAGG